AAAACCAAGCGCAAGCGACCCUCUCCCGAGCACGUCCAGAUCCUCAACAUGGUGUUUGAGCGCAACUUUUUCCCAACCACGGAUGUCCGGCAGGAGCUUGCCCGCCAGCUGGGCAUGUGUCCGCGUGCCGUCCAGGUCUGGUUCCAGAACAAGCGACAGAACUGGAGGACCAAG